AUGGACUCCCCAAGGUUCUCAGAGGAAACCGUCCUCAUAACAGGAGGAGGUGGAUAUUUUGGCUUCCGCCUCGGCUGUGCUCUGAACCAGAAAGGAGUCCGUGUGAUUCUGUUUGACAUCAGCCAACCUGCUCAGAACCUUCCGGAGGGAAUCAGGUUCAUCCGUGGGGAUAUCUGUUGCCUCUCUGAUGUGGAGAUGGCCUUCCGGGACACUGACAUUGCAUGUGUGUUCCACGUCGCCUCUUAUGGUAUGUCUGGGAGGGAGCAACUGAACAAAACCCUGAUUGAAGAGGUCAACGUGGGUGGCACAAACAACAUCCUCCAGACCUGCCUGGAGAGAGGAGUGCCCAGGUUAGUUUACACAAGCACAGUCAACGUCGUCUUUGGAGGUCAAGUCAUCAGAAAUGGGGAUGAGUCUCUUCCUUACCUGCCUCUUCACCUGCACCCAGAUCACUACUCCCGGACCAAAUCUAUUGCAGAGAAGAAGGUGCUGGAAGCCGAUGGCUCGGCCUUCAAGCAAGGCAAUGGUGUCCUCAGAACCUGUGCACUAAGGCCAGCUGGUAUCUAUGGGGUGGGAGAGCAAAGGCACCUUCCCAGGAUAGUGAGUUACAUUGAGAGGGGCCUGUUCAGAUUUAUAUUUGGGGAUCCCAAUAGCCUGGUUGAGUUUGUUCAUGUGGACAACCUGGUGAAAGCUCACAUUCUGGCCUCCGAGGCUCUAAAAGCUGACAAGGGCCAUGUAGCCUCUGGGCAGCCCUAUUUCAUCUCAGAUGGUAGGCCUGUGAAUAACUUUGAAUUCUUUCGGCCACUGGUUGAGGGCCUGGGCUACACAUUCCCAUCCAUCCGCCUGCCAUUCACCCUCAUCUACUGCUUUGCUUUCCUAGUAGAGAUGACCCAUUUCAUUCUGAGUAGGCUCUACAACUUCCAACCUUUUCUCACCCGCACUGAGGUGUAUAAAACUGGUGUCACACAUUACUUCAGCUUAGAGAAAGCCAAGAAAGAGCUAGGCUAUGAGCCUCAGCCAUUUGACCUGCAGGAGGUGGUAGAGUGGUUUAAAGUCCAAGGUCAUGGCAGAAGGUCUGGAGGUCAAGACUCAGAGUUUAUUCUGUGGGAUGGAAUUCUGGUCCUACUCUUGGCGCUAUCUCUUCUUACCUGGUUCCCUCCUUCCACAGUUCUGAACUUAUGA